CAUACACACGCACAGACAGACACUGCUGCUGCUGCUGUUGGCGUGAUCAGAGAAAGGGCUAUAACGCUGGGUUGGUUAGCUAGCAGUCUAUCUCUCUAGCUGUCUGUCUGUCGGACUGGGAGGGGAAGAGAGACGGGAUCAGCACUAUAAUAACAGCAGCAGCUGCCGAGCCUCGCCUGACUGUAAGUUCUGAAGAGUGAGAGAGAAAGAGUGAGAAAGAGAGAGAGAGAGAGCGGGACAGAGCGCAAGACUCUAGGCCACAACCAUGCCACUGUUUGGUAAAUCCCACAAGAGUCCUACGGACAUUGUGAAGGCCCUCAAGGAUAACCUGUCCAUUCUGGUCAAGCAGGACAAGAAGACAGAGAAGGCAUCAGAGGAGGUGUCUAAAUGUCUGGUUGCGAUGAAAGAGAUCCUGUACGGCACCAAUGACAAAGAGCCACAUACGGAGACGGUGGCCCAGCUGGCCCAAGAGCUGUACAACAGCGGCCUGCUCAUUUCACUGGUGGAGAACCUGCAGGUCAUCGACUUCGAGGGUAAGAAGGACGUGUGCCAGAUUUUUAACAACAUCCUGCGCAGGCAGAUCGGCACCCGCAGCCCCACAGUGGAAUACUUCUGCUCCCAUCAGGAAGUGCUCUUCAUCCUGCUCAAAGGGUAUGAGACUGCUCAGGUGGCUCUGAACUGUGGCAUCAUGCUGCGCGAGUGCAUCCGGCACGAGCCGCUCGCCAAAAUCAUCCUGCACUCUGAGCACUUCAAUGACUUCUUCAGCUACGUAGAGAUGUCCACAUUCGACAUAGCCUCAGACGCUUUCGCUACCUUCAAGGAUCUUCUCACAAGACACAAGGUUCUAGUGGCAGAAUAUUUAGAACAGAACUACGAUGCAGUCUUUGAGAACUACGAGAAGCUGCUGCACUCUGAAAACUAUGUGACGAAGAGGCAGUCAUUGAAGCUAUUGGGAGAGCUCCUCUUGGACAGACACAACUUCACUGUGAUGACACGGUACAUCAGCAAGCCGGAGAAUCUCAAGCUCAUGAUGAAUCUACUGAGAGACAAAAGCCCCAACAUCCAGUUCGAGGCGUUCCACGUCUUCAAGGUGUUUGUGGCCAACCCGAACAAGACGCAGCCGAUCGUAGACAUCCUUCUGAAGAACCAGACGAAACUCAUCGACUUCCUUAGCAACUUCCAGAAGGACCGCACGGACGACGAACAGUUUAACGAUGAAAAGACGUACCUCAUCAAACAGAUACGAGACUUAAAGAAGCCCGCCUCCUAAACCUUAGCUAGCACUCGCGUUAUUAAGCACCUCAUCUUUUUACUGAGGAAAAACAAAUGAAAAAAAAUCACAAAAAUCUAUUAACAGUAAUAAUUCUAUUUAAAAUCUUCAAACAUUUGUCUUUUCUUAGUCACGAAGCUCGCGAAUGAUAGUUUUCCAUCACUGACAGUUCAAUUACUUUUCUUUUCUUUUUUCUUUCCACUUUCUUUCAUAAACAUUUUUCGUUUGUGUGCCACAAUAGGGUGUUUAAAAAAAAUCAUAAAACAACGUAAAACGUAAAAGCAACCAAUUUUGUUUCAGGAAGAACCAAAGGUUGUAGUAACCUCAAUAUAGAAGAAGUGGGUGAGUCAGGACCUAAGAGAACGCUUCACACUUAUUAUUUCUUUUUCUUUUUUUAAUAAUACAUUCAGCUUAAUGUUUUGUAUAAUCUUAUUUUUUCCACCUUUACCACUCCAAAUACUGUUAUACACCCACAGGUCUGGCAUGCUAAAGCUAAAGCUGAAGAGAAGAGAGGAGAGAGCUCUUGUACAUCAUGUAGAUGAUACCGGUAGUAGUGGACUUGUAGGAAGGGAGGUUGCAUUCCCCAGUUAUUUAUAAUGCUCUGAUUUUUCUUUUUUCUUUUCUGAGUUUAGAACUCGUUCUGUAUUUAGAGACUUCGUUUCUGCAUUCCUUUUUUUCUUCUUUUUUUGAUUUUUUCUUCCUAUACACUGAUGCUGUUUAGCUUUUUCCCUUUUCUCCUGCACCUGUAUGGCUUACUGCUGACUCGGAAUUUUUGUUUUGACUUCAAAAGAAAUAUAUAUACUGAUCAUGUAAUCCCUUUUUAGUGUUUUAAAAAAUAUAUGUUUAAGGAAUGAAGAUUUGAUUUGACCAGUAUUCUUUUUAUUAUUAUUAUAAUUAUUAUUAUUGUUAUUAGGUUUCUGCCAUAAAAUUGAAGCGCAGUUAAUCUUAAUGUGUGCUUAAGUAAUAUAUAGACCUAACUACUACGAAAUUAAUAAGAAAAAGUCUUUUUUCUUUCUUUAAGUUAUCGAUUAUGUUUGCGAAACAAAAACAGGGCGUGUAAUUUUCUUAUUAUUAUUGCUAUUUUCUUUUUUUUUUUCAUUUUCUACUUGACAUGUUUACCCAUCAUGUGUUUAAAGGCUGAAAGUGGGUGCCAUGUUAGUAAGUAAGUAGAAAAAAAAAAUACUUGGGCACUUUCUCUAGUAUUUUAUUUAAUUUUAUUAUAUAUUUUUUCAUUUCUUCCCCUUCUCUCAGUACUAUAGUACACUAUAUAGAUGCAGCUAUAGUAUUUUGGUAGUACUGUAGUGCAUUCAGUAAGUGCUAUAGUACUCUAUAAUCCUCCUAUAGCAGGUUUAAUAGCCUCCUACAGAAAGGAUCCAUGUCGUAGCCCACCUGCUAUAUAGUACGUUCUAUUCUAUCUUAAUAAUACUAUUGUACAAACCUUCAUUGACGAGUCAUUUCUGUACUGUAGCGCGGUACUGUACUAUAGUACUACUACAGUAUUCCUCUGUUAUCUGUUAUUCUUCUUCAGUAGCCAUUAUUCUUUAGCUAGUUCUACAUUGUGAUUAUGAUUCAUGAUUAAUGAUUCUGGCAGACGAGACAGCAUCGAUUAGGAUCUAAGCUGAUACGAUACACAGUCGAGUCGAGGACACGGACGUAUAAAUAUAUAUAUAUAAAACAAAAAAAAAACAGGUGCCUUUUGUUGUGUUUUAAUUGUAUUUCUUUUUUUCUUUUCCCUUGUUCUUUUGUAUUUUAUAAAAAACAAGAUAUUUCUUAGGGGGAGCUUAAUUUCAUUGUUUUUUUUUUUUGUUAUUAAUUUUUAAGAGAAAUAUGUUCUAGUGGAGCAUAUUUGAAUCGAUUAAGCAGUGAACCUCUUUAAUAACUCACUAUAUUUGAGUUACGCUGAUGAAGACAGUCAAACUUUUUUUUUUCUCUUUUUUUUUACUUUCAUUCUUUGCAGCUGCAGUUGAUUUAUUGAUUCAGUUGUAUGAUGAUUGUCUGUGACCUAACCAUUAGAGUAGGCCGAUCAAGUGAUCAAGUGCGAGGGGAAAUGUAUGCUGAGGUGGUCUUUGACCCGUGUUAUCACACAUAACCUGCCAAUUAUGUGAAAAAUUAAUGUUAUGUUUAUAUAUAAUAUAUAUAUAUAUGCUGAUCUUUCCAUUUUUAUGGUUUUCUCUGAAUUUUGAAGAGUUUGAUCACGACAGAUUUGUCCGAGCAAACAGACAAACAAACGAAAUGAAAGUAAAGUAAAAUGAACUUCAUGAAAUUCAUCGGGAAGCACUUCCCCAGUUCAUUCAUUGCCAAAUCUUUAUUGAGGAUGAAGAAAUCCAAACCGUCGCACAGUCUGUUUGCUUCCCUUCCUCGCGGUUUCAAUCUGCAUUAAUAGCUCAGAUCGGGUGCAGGCUUUUUCAGUAUUGCGCAAAAUGUCAAAAAAUAAAAAUAAGAAGUCAGCCAUGGAAAACAUGUCAGCCCUUCAGCAGGGGAACCAUUUAAAUAUAGUAGUAAUAUAUAAAACAGCAUCUGAGCCAAAUUUAUCCAGUAUCUUCACACCCUCAUAUGUAACAAAGAAAUUACAGUCAAAAAACGAAAUCAAGAUGAGCUACCAUAUCGAAACUGAUAUCGUUUCCCAUGCCACACAUGGUUGCAUCCUUCCUUCUUAAAUGCUAAUUGUACCAUAUCACCAAUAAAGGAAAAUUCAAGCAUUA